AUUUUUCAUUGGAGAACGUGGCUGAAGAAGCUCGAGUCGACUGUAGUGCCCUUUCCACUAACCGAUGAUCGGCGUCAGCGAUAGAAUCUCCCUUCUAAGCGUCAUGCUCGAAUGUCUAAUCGUCUAUGGCAACUCCCUCUAAUCAAUUCCCUUUAUUCCCCUCUCUUCCUUCUCCCCAGUAUUUAAAGGGACUUUAUUUGGCACCCAACUUUCACCAUGCUUUUCCUCUAUUACCAAGAAUUUUCCUUUAAAUUGAUUGCUUUACAUUGUGGGUUUUACGAGAUAACUAAAGAUACUUCAAUUGUUCUAUGUGAUCUUACUGUAUGGCUUAUAUACCUCCACACAAACGUCAUUCAAGGGAUGUGGAGAAUCCAUCUCCUACACCAGAGUCGCUUUCUUCUCAAUUCAACAGAAAAUUGAAUUUGAAACGAAAGUUUAAUGCAAGGCUAACUAUUGCAAAUGCUGAGGGGGCUAUCUUUAAAUGGUUUGCGAUUGGUAGUUCUGAUGAUGGUAACCAGUUUCCUCCCUGUGUUCAUCUUGAGCCAUUCUCUGCGCCAUCCAUUGAACUUAAAUGGGGUGAAAAACCUCUAGCUCUGCUGAACUCUAGUGUAUCUCAAGGGAAUAGAGAAGAGGAAGACGAAACCGUAGCAGGACCAUGGGAAUCUAUUGUAGUAAAUUUACUGCCAGAAUUACUUUUAUCGGUUGAGCACAUAAAGAACGAACUGUAUCAAGAUGAUGGUGUAAAGCCAAAAUUGGUAGCUAGGGUUGGAAAAGUUCUCUUUCAUGGGAUAUCUAAAAUUGACAGAAAUGAGCUGCUUACUGAAAGGACAUUGAGAAAGCUGAAGGGCUUGUUUUAUACAAGUGUCUCUGACACUUACAUGGAAACCAUUACGGAAAGAGUAAUUCCACUUAUUGGAUUAGAGUUUCAAGUGGAAAAAGAUAUAUAUACUGUCAAGGUAUCAGAUAAAGAGUGCCCAUCGGUGACUUUAUCGUGCAAAUGUAUUGCUUUGCCCCAUUUGAAUAAUCUUAAACUUUAUAAGGUUGAAAUUGACCAAGUGCGCCAUAUGGUUGGAGAUAUUUCGUGCCUAAAACAGAAUGUUGACAUGAGGCUCAUGCUAUGCUCCAAGAAGAAUUUACAAAAGCUGACAGAUGAUGAGAUGGAAGGCAUAGUAGGUCUUAUAAACUCUGCUGUUUUAGACCAAGAUAUGAUGGGUGGCUUAAGAUGGCCUCUGGGGAAAGCGACCUCCGGGGAUAGAUUCAGAGUGCUUGAAGUUUGGCACACUGUUUCCAAGUAUUAUGUAAACCCAUUGUUGAAGCUCCAACUUAGAAAUGCCAAUCGAUAUGAUCUCAGGACCUCAAUUGGUGAAGCGUCAAAAGAGGUUACUCUGAGUCUGAAACGUGUUACUUUUGAACUACUGGAUUGUUCAGGCAAACACUCUUGUUAGAUAUUUACUUCAAGGAAAACCAAUUAACGGUAAUGUUGAUAAGAAAACGAUUACAAUUGAUAGAAAUAAGCACCAGCACUUCUCAAUACGUUCUAGAGGGUUGAGUGGUAUCCUCUCCCAAGAGCCCCCAGCCUCACUCACACGGACUAUUUUUAACUCAACAAAAUCAAUGUUUAAUUAUUAGAAUGUCCCUUUCUACUAAUCAUACUAAUAUUUUUCUAACUAGGAGAUCACCAAACAAUAUAGCUCUAUGGUUUAUAUGGUGAUAUGAUAUUGUUCGAUUAUGUAUUUUUGACUGAGAAGAUGUUUUAUUUUAAUUGCUGUGGGGCUAUGUUAACAGUUGUAUGUUUCUUUCUAAGGAAAUGUUUGGAUACAAUAAUGAUUUUGAGUGAGCUGAAAUGCAGCCAGAUUAUUGUUUUGGAUUAUUUUGUUU